AUGAAUGUGCCAAGGAGUUCUUAAUUUCUAACCUAGGUAUUUAUUUUAUUGUGUAAGUUUAUCCAGCACUCUAGAUUAUUUCAAGCACCCUUAACGUGUAGUGUAAAUUGUAAUAGAUAAAAUAAUUUAACUCAUCAUGGUAAUAACAGAGACCCAGCCACCUAUGGAAGGAGACGCAGCAACCAGCAAAAAGGCUGCCAAAAAAGCAGCCAAAGCUGUGGAAAAGCAGCAAAAAAAGGCUGAGCAUAAGGGGUCGACAACACAGAAUGAAGCAGCAGAAGUGGAUGUAGCAGAGGGGAAGUAUGGUGUAUUAAAGAUGAUACAGUCUUCAGGGGAACACAGAGACCGGGUAUAUGUUGACGUGAAGGACCUAGGGGUUUCUUUAGAGGGCAAGGAUGUGUGGGUUAGAGCACGGCUUCAAUAUUCGCGAGCCAUAGGCAGGCAAUGUUUCGCUGUGCUCCGACAGACCUCAAGUACCGUUCAAUUGUUGAUACGAGUGAAUGAACAAGUUAGUAAGCAGAUGGUCAAGUUUAUUGGAAAUGUGGCGAAGGAAUCUAUUGUGGACAUCCUCGCGACUGUGGUGAAGACCUCGUCGCCAGUGGAGUCCUGCACCGUCAAGCUCGUGGAGCUGAUAGGGCUCCAAGUGUGGGUUGUGUCCAGCGCGAAGUCCAAGCUGCCUUUGCAGAUUGAGGACGCGGCGCGACCGGAGACCGAUGACGACCCAGAAGCGCUCAAAAUCCGUGUCCUCCAAGAAACUCGUCUGGACAAUCGGGUAUUGGACUUGCGUACUCCGGCCAACCAGGCGAUAUUCCGGCUAGAAGCGGGUGUCUGCAAGCUGUUUAGAGACAUUUUGACCAAAAAAGGUUUCGUAGAAAUUCACACUCCGAAAAUAAUCUCAGCCGCGUCGGAGGGCGGCGCCAACGUGUUCACCGUAUCCUACUUCAAGUCCUCCGCAUACCUCGCGCAAAGUCCCCAGCUGUACAAGCAGAUGGCCAUAGCGGCUGAUUUCGAUAAGGUGUUUACAGUGGGAGCGGUAUUUCGUGCGGAAGAUUCAAACACCCACCGUCACUUAACGGAAUUCGUCGGUUUGGACCUGGAGAUGUCAUUCAAGUAUCACUAUCACGAGGUUUUGGACACCAUCGGACAAACGUUCACGGACAUGUUCAGAGGCCUGCAGGACCAUUACGCGGCGGAAAUCGCUACGGUGGGGCAGCAGUUCAAAGUUGAGCCCUUCAAAUUCCUCGACCCCCCAUUGAGGCUGGAGUUUCCACAAGCUAUAAGCAUGCUGAAGGAGGCUGGUGUAAAUGUAGGAGAGGAAGACGACCUCUCGACACCGGAUGAGAAGCUUCUGGGCAGAUUGGUUCGAGCGAAAUAUGACACUGACUUCUAUAUGUUGGACAAGUACCCGUUGGCAGUGAGACCCUUCUACACGAUGCCCGAUCCCAAUAACCCGAAAGCUUCGAAUUCCUACGACAUGUUCAUGCGCGGCGAAGAGAUCUUAAGCGGAGCUCAGAGAAUACACGACCCCGACUUCCUCACCGAGCGCGCCAAGCAUCACGGCAUCGAUAUAAGCAAAAUCGCAGCCUAUAUAGAAUCAUUCAGACUUGGGUGUCCACCGCACGCAGGUGGAGGUAUUGGCAUGGAGCGUGUAGUGAUGCUGUAUUUGGGUUUGGACAACAUCAGAAAGACGUCCAUGUUCCCACGCGACCCCAAGCGGAUCACGCCGUGAUGCAAACUGAAGCGUUAUUGUAUAACUAUAAUCGUUUUAUAUUGUACCAAAUGUUUAUAAUGAAAUUAUAUUU